GCUCCUCGCGUCCCGGGCAGGGCUAGUCAUGUGGCGGGUGGUGCGCGCGCUGCGUGUGCACGCUGCAAAUCUCAGCAAGUUCUCGGGACCUUGCGACAGGCCUGCUGCCUUCAUGUCCACUCUGCUAAUCCAUCAGCCUCAGUAUGCCUGGCUGAAAGAGCUGGGGCUCCGCGAGGAAAACGAGGGCGUGUACAAUGGAAGCUGGGGCGGUAGGGGAGAGGUUAUUACCACCUAUUGUCCUGUUAACAAUGAGCCAAUAGCAAGAGUCAGACAGGCCAGUGUGGCGGACUAUGAAGAAACUGUCAAGAAAGCAAAAGAAGCCUGGAAAGUUUGGGUGGAUAUUCCUGCUCCAAAGCGAGGAGAAAUAGUCAGACAGAUUGGCAAUGCCUUGCGGGAGAAGAUCCAAGUCCUGGGAAGCUUGGUAUCUUUGGAGAUGGGGAAAAUCCUAGUGGAAAGUGUGGGAGAAAUUCAAGAGUACGUGGAUAUUUGCGAUUAUGCUGUUGGUUUAUCACGGAUGAUUGGGGGACCUGUCUUGCCUUCUGAAAGGCCUGGUCAUAUGCUCAUCGAGCAGUGGAAUCCUGUCGGCCUGGUGGGAGUCAUCUCUGCAUUCAAUUUCCCUGCAGCGGUGUAUGGCUGGAACAACGCCAUCGCGCUGGUCACCGGAAAUGUUUGCCUAUGGAAAGGAGCCCCAACAACUUCCCUCAUUAGUGUAGCUGUCACAAAGAUAAUUGCCAAGGUUCUAGAGGACAACAAGCUGCCUGGAGCAAUUUGUUCCUUGACAUGUGGUGGAGCAGAUAUCGGCACAGCCAUGGCGAAAGAUGAGCGGGUGAACCUGCUGUCCUUCACAGGGAGCACUCAGGUGGGAAAACAGGUUGCCCUGAUGGUGCAGGAGAGAUUUGGGAAAUGUUUGCUGGAACUUGGAGGAAACAAUGCCAUUAUCGUUUUUGAGGAUGCAGACCUCAGCUUAGUUGUUCCAUCAACGCUCUUUGCUGCCAUGGGGACAGCUGGCCAGAGGUGUACCUCUACGAGGCGACUGUGGCUGUGGGAAGGAUUGGUGAGCAGUUCACUGAGGAAGCUAGGGAUGGUUAGGUGAUGCUGCGUGGGGCACAACAAAACUUCCUUUCUCCUCCCAGCUAAUGUGCUGUAUGGGCCGCUGCACACCAAAGAGUCAGUGAGCAAGUUUCUUGGAGCAGUGGAAGAAGCAAAGAAAGGAGGCGGCACUGUGGUCUAUGGGGGCAAGUUGGUGAAGGGUCCUGGUUCCUAUGUGGAACCCACAAUUGUGACAGGUCUUGCCCAUGAUGCGCCCAUUGUGCACACAGAAACCUUUGCUCCGAUUCUCUAUGUCAUUAAAUUCAAGAAUGAAGAAGAGGCCUUUGCGUGGAAUAAUGAGGUGAAGCAGGGACUUUCAAGUAGCAUCUUUACCAAGGAUCUGGGCAGAAUCUUCCGCUGGCUUGGACCUAAAGGAUCGGACUGUGGUGUUGUAAACGUCAACAUUCCAACCAACGGGGCUGAGAUCGGAGGAGCCUUCGGAGGAGAAAAACACACUGGUGGUGGCAGGGAGUCUGGCAGUGAUGCCUGGAAGCUGUACAUGAGAAGAUCUACGUGUACCAUCAACUGCAGUAAGGACCUUCCACUGGCCCAAGGAGUCAAGUUUGAGUAAAGGUGUUUCCGUUGGACAUUCCUCAGUGCCUUGUAGGCCUUUCUGCAGCUGCCCUGAAGACCAAGAAUAUUGACCUUUGCCUUGAAUAAGUAUCAUUUUGAAUGACAGUAGCUAAUCUCCUAUGACCUCUAAGCCCUGACUAAAUCAGGAGACUAAUUCUUUUAAAAAUAAAAAUGUUUGUAACCUAGCUACAUUUAGUAAAAAAUGAAUUGGAUGGUU